AUGAUGAAUUUCGACAUCAAGUCUGCUGCAGAGAGGAGACUGAUACAGCUGAACAAGUUGGACGAAAUCAGGCUUCAUGCCUAUGAGAACUCGAAGCUGUACAAGGAGAGGAUCAAUGCGUAUCACGAUUCGAAAAUCCUCUCCAGACAAUUUGAACCGAAUGACCAGGUACUUCUGUAUAACUCUCGUUUGCAAUUGUUUCCUAGUAAACUGCAUUCUCGUUGGUCAGGUCCUUUCAUAGUUAAGGAGGUUCGACCCUAUGGUGCCAUCGUCCUCCUCACACCAGAUGGCAGCAGAGAGUUCACAGUGAAUAGACAAAGGGUGAAACACUACUGGGCCAAAGCUGAGAUUCCAGAUGGACACAUCGUUCCUCUGGAUGGUGCACCUCCUGCCUGA